AACCUAACUCUGCUCUUCCAAAACUUGUAUCCCAUUCAAACGUAGAAUCCCUGUGGAGAGGACAGGCUGUAUCACCUAAGGGGCUCAUAGUACCUACAUUGCAGGGAACAUAUGGAUGGCCAAGUACCUAUUCUCUUAGGACCCUGCCUGUGGUGUCUGCAAUGUCCCCUGAUCCUGGGGCCCAGCACAGCUGGCUAGGCUUGAAAGCAACAGGUGAGAUGAUGAAUGUUCUGGCUGGCAUCCCUGGCUACUCCUAUGGGACAGGAAAGUGGGGAGAGGGAGCAGGGUGGGUAGGCUAGAGCAGGCCUCAGAAGUCUCCCCAGGCCUUUCCCAUCAGGAAGCACAUCCUGUUAGUGUCUGGCUCUGUGGCAGGGCUGCUAUUUGUUGCAGUUGGCUACGCCCUCCUGCUCACCAAAAACAGCCUCAAAAACAACCAUUUCCUCUCUGCUGAGAGACAGGGAAACGGGAGCUCACACAUACAUGCAUUCACACAUUUCCUUGCAGCAGGCACUCUGCUUUCCAGGUCCUGCCCUUUGUGGCAGAGGCACCAGAUUGGGGUGCAGGCAGCAGAAAGGUGGCCAAACCCAUACCACUUCCACAGUCUUGUUCCUCUGAUUGGAGUGGCUUCCACAGCUCGUUCUAAGGAACGUGAUUCCCACACUGUGCCUACCUCUUGAGUUACUUUCUGUUUUGUACUGCUGCAGGCAAGAAGAGGCACUGUGGACACAGCCUCCCUGGCCUCUGUUCCAAAGAAGAAGGCCCACUCACAACUCUGGAUUCUCUCUGGUGCCCCAGAUUCCUCCGUGGGAUGGGCCUCUUGGCAAUCAGCUUUAGCACAGGCCUGUCCCUGCUACAAGUGCAGGAGGGAGGAUAAGGCAGGGCCGUGAGCAGCUCACCUGGACCGUCCCAUGGGCUUCUCCCCACACCUCGGACAUUCCCAUGUGUCUGGCUGGAGCUGCUGCAUAGUUUCCCAAGGAUGAGUGGUGAUGUUCUCUAGCCACCCCUAGUAGCAUCUUGGCUCUCCCUGGAUGCACAGCAGCUGACUGGGACUUGGGAUUUUUUUCCGAGAUAGACAGCACUGGCAGUCAGCUAUGACUGUCCAGAAACUUGUGGCCAUAGCUGUGCUGGUGGCCCUUGUUUCUCUCAUCCUCAACAACGCGGCAGCUUUCACUCCCAACUGGGUGUACCAGACGCUGGAGGAUGGGCGCAAGCGGAGUGUGGGGCUAUGGAAAUCCUGCUGGCUGGUAGACAGAGGUCGAGGAGGCACAAAUCCUGGCACCCGAAAUGAGCAGGUGGACACACAGGACUGUGAGGCACUUGGCUGGGGCUCUGAGUCAGCAGGUUUCCAGGAAUCUCGAGGCACUGUCAAACUACAGUUUGACAUGAUGCGUGCUUGCAACCUGGUGGCAACAGCUGCACUUGCUGUGGGUCAGCUCACCUUCGUCCUAGGGCUGACAGGCCUGCCCCUGAUGUCACCAGAGUCUCAGUGCUGGGAGGAGGCCAUGGCUGCUGCAUUCCAGCUGGCGAGCUUCGUGCUGGUCAUUGGGCUGGUGACCUUCUACAGAAUUGGCCCUUACACCAACCUAUCCUGGUCUUGCUACCUGAACAUUGGAGCCUGCCUUCUGGCCACCCUGGCGGCUGCCAUGCUCAUCUGGAACAUUCUUCACCGGAGGGAGGAUUGCAUGGCACCCCGGGGUAUAUGGUCAUGAUACAAUCUCUACUCAGGCUUUCAUUUGUCCCCUUUGGAAGAAUGAACACAUCUUCUAGAUGCUGCACCCUACCUGGUCUGUGACUAACAGACUCUAGGAGUGACUACCCAUUCAAAUGCAUCUGAGUCGAUGAGGCAAACUCAAGAGUGACUAUGUUUUUAAAACUCCCUCCUUGAGUUCCUUUAGUCUCAUGUAAACAUCAGCAAUAACAAUGAGGACAGCAAAGUUCUCUAUUCUGCUUUCAAGGAAUAGAAAAUGCACAAGAGAUAGCUCACAAGCUUUGUUGACCUAUGUUAUAUGUGACCAGAACAAGUCACAGCAAAUGCCAGGAGCACCUUCCAGUAUACAGCUACUUCUUAAAAGGAGGUGAAGGGACCAAAGGAAUACUGACAAUGGAUUGCCGUGGAUGAGGAACAGCUGAUCCUCCUGGAACAGG